UCGUGCCUGAUUUCCCCGCCGGGCUCGUUUCGGCUCAAACUUGACACCGACGUAAUGUCGGCGUUAAUUGGCCGAUUUUCUGGCCAGCUGCGGACUGUUGGGGAGAAUGAAAAUUGUGACGCAGUUGCCUAAAACAUCUUUGGUUUGCCUGCUGCAGCGCCGCUGUCGCUCCUUGCGUCACCUGCACCAGCUGCUGCAAAACGUCUGCGCAGUGCUCUCCUGCCAGUGGCCAUAUAGCGAUACAUUUUUUAAUCAAUGUAAAGCGUAUUCAGUCGGGGUGAAAAAUGUUGGGGGGUAGACGGGGUCUGAGAGAAGUAGUUGUUUCGGAAAGGCUUGGGAGUUGUAGUUCCGCAUCCCAAGCGGAGCCGCAACCCUCAAUGGCCUCCUCCAGGAAGAAGAACUACAACACCCACACGGCCAAAGCUCUCUGGAUACUUUGUAAACUCUGUGCAAGUUGCUUGCCUGGACUGCUACGUUAGGUAUGCAAGCUAGUGCUUUCCGUUCGUCUCUACGCGUUGGCUAUUUUAUCCAAAGUUUGGCCUCUAGAAAUUUUCAGCUGAAUUCCCAUCUGACUACACUGGCCAAUAUCCACAAGAUCCAUCACACCUUACAUCGGCUGAAUCUGACCGAAGACGUUGGACCGGACAGUCACCCGUCAGCUUGCUGCUCCAGAGCCAUGCCGCCGAGAAAAAAGAGGAGACCUUCUGCCGGAGAGGACCUGUCGGCCAAGAAAAGUCGCCAAGACAGCAUUUUCAGAAAACACGAGACAUCGCAGAUCCGGGAGGAGGAGACGUUUUCCAGUAAAAGAUGUUUGGAGUGGUUCUAUGAGUAUGCAGGUUGUGACGACGUCGUGGGUCCAGAGGGCAUAGAGAAGUUCUGCGAGGACAUUGGAGUAGAGCCAGAGAAUGUGGUGAUGCUGGUUCUGGCUUGGAAGCUGGAUGCUCAGAGUAUGGGGUACUUCACUCUUCAGGAGUGGCUAAGAGGCAUGGGCUCACUGCAGUGCGAUUCCACUGAGAGACUGAGGAAUUCCCUCGACUACCUGAGAUCUGUCCUGAACGACAGCACCAGUUUUAAGCUCAUCUACAGAUACGCCUUUGAUUUCGCUCGGGAAAAAGAUCAGAGGAGUCUGGACUUGAACACAGCAAAGUGCAUGCUGGGGCUUCUCCUGGGGAAAACAUGGCCUCUGUUUCCUGUGUUUAAUCAGUUUUUAGAGCAAUCCAAGUACAAAGUCGUCAACAAAGACCAGUGGUGCAAUGUUUUAGAGUUCAGCAGGACAAUCAACCUGGACCUUAGUAACUAUGAUGAAGACGGUGCCUGGCCUGUUUUGCUGGAUGAGUUUGUGGAAUGGUACAAGGAAAGACAGAUGUCAUAGCUGCAGAUGAGGGGUGAGGGGGAGAAUGGAAGAAAAAAAAAAAGUUUAACUGUGACCACAACUACUCUUGAGCAUAAACAACCAAUAAGCAAAACCCAACAAAAUCGGUAAGGCAGUGACAGUUGGUGCCUCCUGGUUAAAAAGAAGGGGUUCGGCUGUGGGUGGGUGGGGGGUUUUGCCGCUCUCCGACUCCCCGUUUGGAGGAGCGCUGUCCUUGUGGAGUUAUGCUCCCUAUGGAAGUUGCAUUGUGGGUGGACCCCUGUUCCCGAACCCCGCCGAGUGGCGUUGCUCUCUGUCACUGUGACGUCUCAUAUUGUUGUCUGUGUUGGGAUAACAUGGUAUCUAUCAUACACUGACGGUGGGAACAAAAUGGCGUAGUCAGCGCAGGGAAACCAAGAGGGGGCGACCAUUCAAGCGUUGCGUUCGAGUCUCAACCAGGAUCACUCGGAAACCUCUAGGCACACACACACACACAUUAAAAGACCCGUGCAAUGAACUUCGACCUGAGCUCCUCGGGACAGAUGGCACUAACUACUGUCUGUGGGUUUGUUUAGUUUAGUAGUUCUCCUUAAAGCACACUGUGUCAAAGGGUUGACUGCAGGUUUCUGAUGCCUGCACCGUUUACCAUCAGAAAAAGCCAGUUUGUUCUUUCCCUCCAUUUUUUCUUUCUUCCCUUAUCCCUCCUCCUGUUUUGCUGAUAACUUUCUGCUAGCCCCAUGCAAAGACUUCAGACCUCAUAACACCAAACGAAUCAGCAUUGCUGCUUACUAACUCUUACUACAGUGCAACCGUGAGCCACCAGUGCUCUGCUCUGCAUUCAUUGGUCUAACGACGGUUUAUGUCUCUACGCUGCGUAGAUAAGAGUGUUACUGUGCCUCAAACAUGGAAAGUCGCAUUGUGUGUCCCGCACAGAUACCAACAAACCCUAACAUUUCUACAUGUGACUCUACGGUGCCUUUCAAAGGUAUUCAUACCUCUUACUUUUUUUUUUUCCUCCGAAGUUUGUUGCAAAACAAACACAAACUCCUACGCAUUUUGUUGAGAUUUGACGUAAUGGACCAGCACAAAGUAGUGCUUCGUUCUCAAGCGGAAGGAAAACGAUGCAUAAAAAAAAAUAAAAAUUGGACCAUGCAUUUGUAUUCAACCCCCCAGAAUUAGUCCUGCUUACAACUACUUUUCAGCAAUUAGAGUUGGAAUUUUUUUUUGGUUUGUUUUGGUUAUUUAAGUCUACUAGUUGUGUUAAUUUGAACGUCCAACUAAAAGUCAAGUUGUUUGUUUUUUUUGCGGACUCCAACCAAUUUUCUUACUGUGUUUUGCUAAUUUAGUAGUUUGCCUAUCAACUCUGUUUCUGCAAAGAACAGCAUCACCACAGCAUGAUCCUGCCACCACCAUAAAUAACGGUGGGGAUGAUGAAGUGGGCGACAUGCAGUUUUCCAUAACAGGGUUUUCCCUCUUGGCUAGAAAGUUAAAUCUUGAUCUCAUCUGACCUGAGUUUUCUGUAUCUUAUGGUAAAUGCCACUUCUGAUGACUUCUUUAAUGCAUUUCCUUUGGCCAUUCAUACCGUACUUGAGGGUCAGAUUUGUGGAGUACGAGUCUUAGAUUAUUUAGUUUUUCACACCUUCUUCUGCUUAUCCAGCUGUUGUCUGUCUGGGUAGACAGUUUCACCACUUCAUUUACAUUUUAAGAUGAAUAUUUGACGAAUACCCUGAACAAUCUUCCAAGCUCAGGAUGUCAGCUCUACUUUAAAUCCUUGUCUGAAUUUAUUUAAUAAAAUACGUUUGUUUUUUGUUUUUUUCAAACAAUUUUAAAUUUGAAUAGAUUAAUUUGAAUAUAGCAUGUACCAGAUGUAUUUAGUAAAUAAGCUAUGUUGGAAAGGAUUUAGAAUGAAUGUGACCACUAGAGAACAGCAAAGUGCUUCCAGUAUAAUUUAAUAUGCAAUAGUGGUACGCAUACACCACCUUGUUUCCAUAGCGUUUAAACAUCUUCACAACUUUCUCCGUGGCCUGUCUGCUAUAAAAACUCUGGUCUUUAUAGAGUUUUCUGUUUUUUUUCCAGAGUAAAUAGGACCUGAUGCAAACACACCACACAACUCUCAAAUUAGGAUAAAAACAAAACUUAAUUUUCCCUCCACUUCAGUAUGGUGCACUGCUUUGUGUUGGUUUGUCACAAAAAAAAAAUCCCCAUCAAAAUGCGCCGAUGUUUGUGUUUACAACUUGACAAACUGUGGGGAAAAAAAAUCAGGGGUGCUCGACGCUUUUUGGAAGACACCGUACAUUCAGGACAUGCAGUCAGUGACACACAAGUAGUCAGGUAACCUUUCAGGACGAUUUCAGACUGUUUAGGCUGUGUUACAUAGUGCCAGAUGGUGUCCAUUUUUUUUGUCUUGGUAUUUGGCAUUUGUUCGUCUUCCUCAGUCCAUGGAUAGUUUCUGGUCUCCUUUUAACGAGUAGCAUUCCUCCCAACGCUGACAGUGUUACUACAGCUGCAGUGGAACACCCGAGACCCUCCGAGGACGCGGCGUCCUUUAGGCUAGCGAGGUAGGUUUGCUCAAAGCGUUUCUUUGUACCACCCGUAGGGCGUAAACGAAAAAAAAUGUGGACACUGACCGUUUGAAAGUGUGUGAUGAUGCUAUGCUGUUCUGUUUGCCUAGUGUAAUGUUCUUGUAACACAUGUAUAAAAUCUUUUUUGUCUUUGACUGUGAUGUGAUGCUGCACCGUCAGAAGAUUUACUAUUUGCAUGCAUGCUCUGACAGAGCCUUUUGUGAAUGGAUGAGAUUUUUUGAAAACAUUUUUCAGACAUGCUUUGUUUUGUACAGUUAUUUGUGCAUGUGUUUUGUGCUUAAUUUGACAAACACAGUCAUGUUAGUUUAUUUUUCCUAUGAAAAAAAAAAUUAAAAAAUACAAUUGUGUCCACUACGACCUGGAACACACCUGUAAACCUCAUGGUGGCUCAGGAGUUCCCUCCUGCAUUUAUCCCAUCCCACGCAUCAUUAUGUAGAGAGUAAUAAGACAGCUGCAACCGGUGUGAAGACUCUUAUUUUAUUUUGAAGUUCAUGCAAUAUAUAUUUUUUUUAUAUAUACAUAUAUAUAAAAAAAAAUUUCUGCAGUUGUUAUGAUGCACAUAAAAAUCAGUCGUUAGAUCACACACAUACGAUUCCAUUGGGGAUCUCCACCAUUAGCAAAAACUGGAUUUAACUGUUUCCUUGCUUACCAAAUACUGUGUAGAGAUAAAUCUUUUAGUAUUCUCCAAUGAAAAUGCAGGAGGAUGAACAGCCUUGUCCCGACUGUAAAUAUGUAUGUAAACAAUGAGUGUCUAUAUGUUUGUUUUCACUAUAACCAAUGUCUAUACACAUAAAUAAAAAGGUUUAUUAACUUA